AUGAUUACCCCUAUUCAUGAAAUAAAAGUUUGCACAUCGGUGGAGAUGCAAAACUGUUCCAGAGUGUCUGAAUUUGUGUUGCUUGGGCUUACUGAUUCCCAUGAGCUCCAGCUAUUCUUCUUUGUGGUGUUUUCCCUUUUCUAUGUAAUAACCAUGAUAGGCAACUGCCUGAUUUUGCUCACUGUCCUGUGCACCUCACAGCUCCAUGCUCCCAUGUACUUCCUGCUCAGCAACUUGUCUCUCAUUGACAUGUGUCUGUCCUCCUUUGCCACACCAAAGAUGAUCCUGGACUUCUUUGCUGAGAGUAAGACCAUCUCCUUUCAGGGCUGCAUUUCACAGAUCUUUUUCUUGCACCUCUUCACUGGGACUGAGAUUGUACUGCUGAUUUCCAUGUCUUUUGACAGGUAUAUAGCCAUCUGCAAACCUCUCCAUUAUCCAAAUAUUAUGAGCCAAAAAGUGUGUGUUGGGCUUGUGCUAACCUCUUGGGCUGUGGGUUUCCUGCAUACAAUGAGUCAGUUGGUUUUUACUCUCUAUUUGCCCUUCUGUGGUCCCAAUGUUAUAGACAGUUUCUUCUGUGAUCUUCCUUUGGUUAUCCAGCUGGCUUGCAUAGAUACGUAUGUUCUUGGGAUCUUUAUGAUCUCUUCCAGUGGUGCGAUUGCUCUCGUGAGUUUUCUGCUUUUGCUCACUUCUUACAUCAUUGUUCUCGUCACUAUCAACGAUCACUCCUCCUCGGGGUCAUCCAAAGCGUUUUCUACCUGUACUGCACAUUUCAUGGUUGUGUUGCUAUUCUUUGGUCCUUGCAUCUUCAUUUACGUGUGGCCUUUCGCAAGCUUCCUGGUGGACAAAAUUCUCUCUGUUUUCUAUACUAUCUUCACUCCCCUUUUGAAUCCACUUAUUUACACUUUGAGAAAUCAAGAGGUGAAGAGGGCAAUGAAGAAAAAACUAAGUAACCGGUAUUUCAAUAUUGGGAAAACUACUCCAAGAUAUUCAGGCCGAGGAUUAGAAAGAAGUAGAUGA